AUGUCCGACAACCACAUCGCUUCAUCACAGCAGUAUGCUACACCACCGAAAAAGGUAGUGCGAUCCCAGACGUGGGACGAGUGCGACUCGCAUAGCCUCACCGUCGCGUCGCCCUCGACUCCUCCGACCAAAGCCACCUCGAUUCAAGGUGGCGACCUCUUCAAAUCCAAGCAGCAUGAGAUUGAUCAUGUCCAUGCACACCAGGAUUCACAGCAGACUUUUGCUCAGCAUCAGUCCGAUUUUGAGGAAUCGCGCGACAAGCUCGUCGACAGCAUCGACACCACCCGUCAUCUACUUGCCGACCUGCGCGACUUUAACAAGAACAAGCGUCUGAUUCACUAUACUUCUGCCGCCGGACCCUCUCGCCAUCAGCUUGCCCAACAACACAGGCGCUCGCAGUCCAACGCUCCGCAUCACAGCCUCGAGGAAGCCGACGCCGAGUCGCAUCCUUCCUCUGUCGACAAGGCUCACCCUCCCGCACCACCUGCUUUGAUGCGCUUAAACACCACAGGCGGCCACGCCAGCCUACCCAGCACCCCAGCGCGCGGCCCAUCCGCCUUAAACCCAUCCACACACCACGGCGACGACGACGACGAUGACAUCGACGGCGAGUCCGCUGACAUGUCGGUUCUCAAACUCGACCUUCGCGUUGGCUCCAUCGCUGCCAAUCCGCAAGCGCUUGUGCGCUCCUUGGAGCGUUCCUCUGUCGCGCAGCUCCUCGACGGCAGGAUGCAAAAAUCUGAACGCCACCUUGAGAAUCUCAAGCAGCGUCUCUUGGACACGCAGUCCAAGGUGCUGGUCACAGGCGAUCUCAAUGCGGGCAAGUCCACGUUUGUCAAUGCCUUGCUCCGUCGUCCUCUCAUGCCCACCGACCAGCAACCUUGUACCACCGUCUUCUGCGAGGUGCUCGAUGCCUCCCACUUGGACAGCAGCGCCGAAGAGGUGCACAUGCUCAAGCCAGGCUUCAAGUACAACUGCAACGACGAUUCCAGCUUUACGCGUCACUCGCUUGCCGAGAUCGAGCAGAUUGUGGCCGAGGCAGAACAAGUGUCGCCCGAAGAUGCGCCCAUUCUCAAGUGCUACGCUCACGACACGCGCGCUGCUCAGGAUUCGCUGCUCAAAAACGGCAUUGUCGACAUUGCACUCAUCGACGCGCCCGGUCUUAACCGCGACAGCCUCAAGACUACCGCGCUCUUUGCUCGCCAAGAGGAGAUCGACGUCGUCGUCUUUGUCGUCAGCGCCGAGAACCACUUUACGCUCUCGGCCAAGGAGUUUCUCUGGAACGCGUCGCACGACAAGGCGUUUGUGUUUAUCGUCGUCAACAAGUUUGACUCGAUCAAGAACAAGGACAAGUGCCGCAAGCUGGUGCUUGACCAGAUUCGCCAGCUCAGUCCACGCACCUACGACGACGCCGCCAACCUGGUGCACUUUGUCGACUCGCAGACCGUGUUUGGCGCCGACGUUGAUGCCGUGGUUGAUUCGAGCGUAGCAGCGCCGGACACGCCAUCUGAGGAGCUCGGUUGCAAGGUAGAGGGCGCUCAGCUCGUCCAACGCCGCGACUCGGAGAGCCUCAAGGCGUUUGCACGCCUCGAAGCUGCGCUGCGCGACUUUGUGCUGCUCAAGCGUGCCAAGUCCAAGCUGCUGCCGUCCAAGACCUACAUGCUGCGCCUCUUGUCCGACAUUACCUUCCUCGCCAAGAUCAACAGCCAAGUGGCGCAGAUCGAAUUGGUCGAAGCUACCAACGCGCUCGAGGUGGCACGACCCGAGCUGGCGCGUUGCCAAGCAUCGCAACAGAAGCUCGAGACGGUGGUCGAAAGUGAGGAAGACGAGGCGGUGACGGCGGUGAUGCAAGAAGCGCAGCGCAAGUUGAUGUCUGCGAUCGAGCUGAUCGGCAACGGCAAGCCGGCUACUGACACGGUGCAACUGCCAGCCUACCCGGGCGUUUUCAACGUGUGGGAAUAUGCGCAAGAGGUGCGACAUGCGCUUACCUCUUCGCUCGAGCUUGCGCUGCGCUCGGUUGAGGACACGGCGCGCGGUACGGCUGCGCAGGCGGUAGACCGAGUGCAGAAGCUCGGAUUGGCGCAUCUGGCUGACGACCAAGCCGAAAAGCGACAGAGAAUCUUUCACCCGGAGGCCAUGUUUGCCAAGCGACGCGCGAUGCCCGGUCUGAUCGGACUCGGGCUGGGUGCACAAGUGGUCGAGGUGCAGGCGUCGGACUUUUUCGACGCCUACCAUCACUUUACCAUUGUCACCGGUGGCAGCCUAUCACAGGAUCCCAACGACAAGCGCAAGAGCAAAGGCAAGCGCAGUGACGACGAGAUGAGCUUGGUCUCGUCGGUCUCGUUGGGUCUGGGCGCGCUGACGCUGAUGGGCGGCAAGACGCUGGGGGUCAAGACGGCGAUCGACGCGUUUGUGCGCAUCUCGGAUCUAGUGGGCAACCCUACGGCUCGACGAUGGGCGGGACCCGUGCUGGCGGUGGUCUCGACGGGCCUGGUGGUUUACUUUAUCUACGAUUUGCCCAACAGCAUACCGCGCAACGUUGGACGGAGCCUCAAGUUGGGCUUGGAAUCGGGCACGCUGCUGCGCUGUAACACGAGCGAUUCUCUGACUGCACUGCGCCAAGAUGGAGAGCCAUCGUUUACUGCGGUGCACUCGGCACGCGUGGGACGCGAGACGCGCAAGGUGCUACGUCUUGCCUCGUGGGACCUGCAGGAGCGCUUCCGCGUCGCGAUUGCUCAACGCAGGGCCCAAGUGGAGAAGCAGGAGGCCAAGCAGGCGUCGGCCAACCUGGCGAUUGACUGGUUCAACAAGACAACGUCGCGCGUCGCCGACAUACGCGGCCGGGUGGACCAAGUCAAGGGACUCGAAGGCUGA